CACACACACACACACACACACACACACACACACACACUUGCUUCACUCAUAGGACAGAAACAACAAAAAGAUAGAUAUGUCUGGUGGUGUGGAAGAUUUUAAGGUAGUUGUAGUACCAUCCGAUCGGUACGGAAUAGACCCACGACCACUUACAACUCCGACACCAGAAUCAGAAGAACAAGAUAAUUGGCACGAUUGUUCUUCUGAUCUUCCUGCUGUUUCAUAUUUUACUAAUAAUAUUACUGAUGAUGAACAACAACAGUUUCCAGCUCUUGAUGCCUUGCAAUUCUUUCGCCUUGAACCCGCUUCCGAUAAUUCCGGCAAUCGAAUUUUUCGGAUUGUCGGUAAAUAUUUCCCAGCCCCAGUUAUCGGAGGAGAUUGGCUAAAGAAAUACAUUAUAUACAAAAUUUCUACGGAGUUGCCAGAAGGACCGUUCUCCAUUGUCUACAUGCACUCCACUGUGAGGACAGAAUAUAACAACCCCGGAAUCACCAUUUUGAGGUGGAUCUAUGAGGAGCUGCCUUCAGACUUUAAAGACAGGCUUCAGGUUAUCUACUUUGUUCAUCCUGGUCUGCGUUCCAGGUUUCUUAUUGCUACUCUUGGCCGGUUCCUCUUAAGCGGAGGGUUAUACUGGAAGGUGAAGUAUAUUAGUCGCCUGCAAUAUCUAUGGGAUGAUAUGAAGAAAGGAUCAAUUGAGAUUCCUGAUUUUGUAGUUGAGCAUGACAAUGUUCUUGAAAAAAGGCCACUUACAGAUUAUGGAAUUGAACCAGACCCCCUUCACUUAACCGGCCUUCCGUCUAAUAGUUUUACAUAUGGGAGAUAUGAAGAUAGGUGGACAUCUGGUGAGUUUAUGUCAUAGAUUUUUGUUUUACUUGUUAACUUUAAGAGUGUGUGAUAGAUACAAUUCUAUGUGAAAUGGGUUAGUGUUUUUUAUAUGAUUAGCGAUUCAACACAUUAAGUACUAUAUUAAUUUCUUUCUUGCCCUGUAAGUGAACCUGAUUGGAUUUGCAUUCAACUAGCAAAACCAAAAUUAAAUAUGUAUGUAUUUUGUCCCUCAAA